UUUUUGUCCUAAUCUGUUGUGGUCUAGUACUGUCUUUUUGUUAGCGAGGGUCAUCUACUUUAAGUGAUGCCUGUUUUCCCAUUAGCCUACUUGGUGUGUGAACUGCUGACUGCUCUUAACUUGCAGAUGAUUGUUGACACAUCAACUGGGAUUAAGGGGCAGGGCAAUUUAAUACUCGCUAUGGACUUUCUUCCCUCCUUACUAGCACUGACUUUAUUGGGAAAGAAUGUACUUACUGUGAUAUGUGGUUGUUCCAACUAGCUAUCUUUAGAUGAAUGCACUAACUGUAAGUUGCUCUGGAUAAGAGUCUUCUAAAUGUCCAAAAAAUGUAAAUGUGAAGGCCUGUCCAACCCAUGCGUGUGGCAGAGUGGAGCAGAAUGUAGAAGUGUGUGUGUGUCCGUCCCUCCCUCCCUCUCUGGGCCCAUGGAGCACCCGGGCAUGUCAGGUGUCACUGACAUCUGUGCAAAUGGGGCCGUUCUUUAGCUGUGUGCUUCUCAGCGAGUACACACACACCCACUCUUGUCACAAAAUGUUGCCACUAUGUUGAGCAAGCUCUCACACACAGGGGGUGGAUUUUUGCGAUUGCGGGGUGAACAUAAGGAUUUAACAUUCCAAAAAUAUUGAACUUGUUUUUUUUUUUGUGUGUGUGGGGGCCGGCAUGAGAAUGUUUUUGCUUAGUUGACAAAAGUAAUUGGAGCACGGACCUUGCAACAUUUUGACACAAGAUGUGGAUUCUUUGGUGGGAAGCGAUGCGGAAUUACCUGAAGGAGCGAGGCGACCAAACUGUCCUGAUCCUGCAUGCAAAAGUUGCACAGAAAUCUUAUGGCAAUGAAAAAAGGUUCUUCUGUCCUCCCCCGUGUGUGUACCUGAUGGGCUCUGGCUGGAAGAAAAAGAAGGAGCAAAUGGAGAGAGACGGCUGCUCGGAGCAGGAGUCUCAGCCCUGUGCCUUCAUAGGGAUAGGAAACUCUGACCAAGAGAUGCAGCAACUCAACCUAGAGGGAAAGAACUAUUGCACAGCCAAAACCUUGUACAUAUCAGACUCCGACAAGAGAAAGCACUUCAUGCUGUCCGUCAAGAUGUUUUACGGGAACAGCACAGACAUUGGCGUCUUCCUCAGCAAGAGAAUCAAAGUAAUCUCCAAGCCCUCCAAAAAGAAGCAGUCCCUGAAGAAUGCAGAUCUGUGUAUUGCAUCGGGGACCAAGGUGGCCCUGUUCAACCGGUUGCGGUCCCAGACGGUCAGCACGCGCUACCUACAUGUGGAGGGGGGAAACUUUCAUGCCAGCUCCCAGCAAUGGGGUGCCUUCUACAUCCACCUGUUGGAUGACGAGGAGUCUGAAGGAGAGGAGUUCACUGUGAGAGAUGGCUAUAUCCACUACGGACAGACGGUCAAACUGGUCUGCUCUGUCACCGGGAUGGCCCUGCCACGACUGAUCAUCCGUAAAGUGGACAAGCAGACGGCCCUGCUGGAUGCAGACGACCCCGUCUCCCAGCUCCACAAGUGUGCCUUCUACCUGAAGGACACAGAGCGCAUGUACCUGUGCCUUUCCCAAGAGAGGAUCAUCCAGUUUCAAGCCACUCCAUGCCCAAAGGAACCAAACAAAGAGAUGAUCAACGACGGAGCGUCCUGGACAAUCAUCAGCACGGACAAGGCUGAGUACACCUUCUACGAGGGCAUGGGCCCCGUCCACUCGCCUGUCACCCCCGUGCCUGUGGUCGAGAGUUUACAGCUAAACGGUGGUGGGGACGUGGCCAUGCUGGAGCUGACGGGACAGAACUUCACUCCAAACCUGAGGGUCUGGUUUGGAGACGUCGAGGCAGAGACCAUGUACAGGUGUGCGGAGAGCAUGCUGUGCGUGGUGCCCGACAUCUCUGCCUUCCGUGAGGGCUGGCGCUGGGUGCGGCAGCCGGUGCAGGUGCCCGUCACGCUGGUGCGAAACGACGGGAUCAUCUACUCCACCACACUCACCUUCACCUACACGCCGGAGCCCGGGCCGCGGCCGCACUGCAACGCCGCCGGAGCCAUCCUGCGGGCGGGCAGCGACCGCCUGCUCACGGCUAGCAGCAACAUCGCUAACAACAGCGACGCUAACAACACCUACGGCCCCAACGGCUCCAACGCAGGAGUCACGUCCUCUUCCACGGCCGCCACCGUGGUGUCCUAACACACACACACUUAUACACACAAUAUGCCUUGAGAGCAAAACGUACCACAUGGUAAGAAAAGACUACAAAGUAAACGGACUCUCUAAAAGUGCUGCAUAUUGAUUUUGGAUACAAGAAAAGAAGCUGAAAUAGGAAAUUGGUCGGACAAAAGGGAGGAAGAGGAGGAAUUUGAAGGAAAGAAUGAUGUCAAAAGUUGUCAACCAACGGAAAUAAGACAAACUGUGCGGAACUCCUCACCGCUACCAUCUUGUCUCUGGUGUUGGAGCUGUGGAAUAAGUUCCUAUUGGCUCAGAGUACCAGCGCCUUUGACGGCCGUAAGAAAAUCGAUACCACAACAGCGAUGCAUCUGCCACAUGUAUAAAAUGUUAACAUAAAAGGAUAGUUUUUGUGCCCCCCCCCCCCCCCUCCGAUCAUUUUUUUCCUCCUUUGUUUUUAUAUGUUGCGUUAGUUUGUGUAUGUUUCUGUAAAGGGGGUGAGAUGUAUCGUUGUUGGAGGGAGAGUGAGGAUUGGGUAUAGAGGGACACAUAUAAAAACGUGAUGAUAACAGUUUUUAUGGACCAAGGAUCUCGUAUAAGCUUUAGUAAAGGUACAUUUUCUCCAUACCUUUUUUUGUAUGAAAUAUAUAGUACACUUUUGUUACCAAAUAGUUUCUAUUCUCACCCUCCUAGCUUUGGCCUUUUUUGGGGGGGGGCCAAAUCCUGACCUGGCUUGUGUAUUAUAGCUACCCUUAUCUCCGUCAAACGCCUGCUCCCCCCCCCCCGGUCUUUUGGACAGAACGUUCAAUUUUUGAUACUUUGCUCUUAAAAAAAAAAAGACUAAAGUCUGGGGAUUUCUUUUUGUUUUGUUUACCUAACCGAAGGUUUGGUUUGUGUUAGGAAGUGACCUCAGCAGGCCUAAUUUUGGAUUCUCAUUAGUUUUUAUGAAGUCUUUAAAAAGAAAAGCUUUAAGCAAUGCCUCUGCCUUGUCUGAAAUACUCUGUGUGUGCUACUAGCUAUGUUUCCUUCGGAAAUUACAUGUCUGUACAUCACACAAGGAGCCAUAGCGAAGUCCGCAGAAUUCUUCCAUUGUAUUUCAAACUUUCAAAAACUCGACUUCCACUACCAGUUACAAAAUAGUUUCUCAUUUCCACAUACAUUUUAUGAUUCUAGUCAUCAAAUUGAAAAGGUAGCCUUAGAACUGUAUAUUAUUACUGUGCACACAGUCAGAAGAAAUCGUGUCAUAUAUCCCAUGUUGAGAUCAUGCUGAUGUAUUGGUCGCCACAGAAGUAUCUGACUACGUCUUGAAAUAUGUCAGUCCGUAUACUGUCUCAACAGGCCUUGGUGUCUUCCUGUGUAUAGUUCUCGUGGUAUUUAAAACUUCCAUUGUUUUGAGAAAGCAGAAAAGACAGACACUUCCAAUUUGAUGUGGCCUUACCGCUAACUUAAAUGUCAAAGAGAACCGAUACCCUUCCAACGACCUGCCCUUUCCAUUUACGUAAAUUCCAAGAACAUGUGUGUUGCAAAAACAGUCUGUCUGUCUCAUCACCACUUGUUAAGUUGUUUCAUUGGACUAUAUUACCCAUAAUGCAAUCCAUCUGCCACUGUUCCAAAACCACAUUGUCAGCCUUCUGGAAGAUUUGUGGGCCUUUUUAAGGAUAAUAUUAACUCUGUUCAGUGUACAAGUACAACACUUAUAUAAAUGAUGUACUUUAUUAUCACAGUGCCCUGCUUUCUCCAUUUAGGCAUGGAUACAUUGUCUUGUGAGGACUUUGAGCUCCUCUGUUUGGCCUCCUAAAAGCCUUUCAACUAACGUCCUAUGGUUUUUGACCUUACACAACAAUUACAUGUACAUUGUAAAACUCGCUUUCUGAAAGUAGCCACACUCACCGGCUGUAUUUAUGGUGAUCAAGUCUCCUGUUAGAAUUAAUAAGGCCUUCUAGAUGUGUGUCUGUGUUAUUGAAUAUGUGUAUUUGGAAAAACGUACAGCAAUAUUGUACAGGUCAUGUCGUCGUGUCUCUUGGGGUUUGUCUGCCUGACCACUAGUUCACCAGCCUGUGUGUGUGGUGGUGGGGGCGUUGUGUGUGUGUGUGUGUGUGUGUGAGAGCGAGUGUGUGUUUGGCUCCUCUGUGUAGUCUAACAAUGGAUUCAGUGAGUGAGACUCGCUCCAUUUCAAAAUGUGGUUGGGUGGGUGGGUGCGUGGAUGCGUACGCCGUUGUAAACAAUCAAUGCUCUUGUAAAGAUGGACUUUGAAGAUUGUUUGGGUCCCGCGCCGUCUUCCGACUUGAUCCAAAUAUAAAACAAGUGAUUGUUUCUCUCUCAUUGUUGGAAAUAAUAUGUGGAUCAACAAAAUUUAAAAAAAGAAAAAGGCAAUACUUUGAUCAUUUAGUAUUACAGUGGAACUGUAUAUACUUCCGGGAAGAACUAUGAUGCUUUAACUUGAAUGUCUGCUUAUUAAUUAAGAAGUAUUUCUGGCCAAUGUCAUUCAUGUACCCAUUUAACAGUCAUAACCCUUUAAUAAUAGGGAACAAAAAAGUGCUCUAUUUACACCCCCCCCCCCCCAAAUGCAAACUUAAGGGAUGCUUUCCCCCCCUCCCUAUUUAGAUUCUUCCCGCCCCCUCUAUUUUUUUCCAGCCAUUGAUGUUAAUGUAAACAGUGUAAUAAUAUUGAUAUUAUUUUAAAUUAUUGGUAUAAAGUUUCCCCCUUUUGUCUUAUUUUAUGUCAAAGAAAUAAGUGCAUUAUUGCCCUUGCUGCCUAGUUUGGCCUGGGUUGUCAAUUUACAAAAGGUCGGUCCAGCAACAGUUGUACUUUUUCUAAUGAAUUAAAGCAUGGGUGUAUCAACCUAAAUUGAACAUUUUGUAGCAUCAAACCAACAUGAGCUUUGUCACUAAUCACCUUAAUAUGGACUUUUUUUUACACAACAAAGAGAAAUGCUACUGGCCUUUCUUAACCCUUUACUCUAUUGUGAUAUGUUAAUAAGGUGGUCACCAAAUAUGUUUGGGUUUUGCGCAGUGUUUUCAUUGUGCCCGUUUCAGCUGGUAGAGGCGAGCUUAUCUCUUAGAUAUCAAAGUGAGUUUGGGAACGCCUCUCUAAUGCCUAAGGCGUCCUCCAGUCAGUCGACCUGUCAUUCUGCUUGUGUUAUUAUAUUUCUGUUGUCUCUCUGGGCUCCACCCUGCCUGCUCCUUACGUUUCUCACUGAUGCCCGAGUGAGUUUGGAAGGAAGUGGCAUUGCGCUGUAUCUCUUAAACAGUGGAAGGGUCGUGCGUAUUCUCAUAUCUCUCUUUGAUCCUCUUUGCUGGGUCAUGUUCAGUAGGCGGGAAAUGUAAUGAAAUGUUUGCAACGGUGUGCCCUAAUGAACAUGACACUGGUUGAACGGUUUACAUGUACUCUAUAGAACAGUGGAGGCGGCAUGGCGGAUUGGAGCAGGAGGAGAGGGUGGGUCCAGAGAACCAACUAUUAUGGUCAAGAAGCGCAUCAGUGCUCCCCUUCCUCAGGUUUCACUCAACAAGGGGAAGGCAGCUCUCCCCCCUACAGGGGGUGGAAUGUUGUUACGUGGCUUUUUAUUAUCUGAGCAAACUUUAGCAACAUGGUAACUAAAGCUCACCCAGCAAAAUACAAAAUAUUCUCCAACUUGUGUGAUGCUUUUUGAAAAUACUGUAUACACACCGGUUUUCAUUUUUCGGUCAGUCCAUAUUGUUUGUUUUGUUCUUCCAAAAGCAGCUGUUGUUUUUAGUUGUUGUAACGAGCUCUGAACAAUGUAUGUAUGUAUGUAUCCUCUAAUAUACCAAAUGUCUUUUUAUAACGUAGAUUUCUCAUGCACUGCUAAACGAAACAGGACAGAGCGAGAGGCAGCUGUAAAUAAAUGAAAAGGCGUGUUGGAGCAGCCUUUCCUCUGUUGCACUCGGCCUGACAUUCUCCCCAAGACUAUUAGCUGGCUGCACUAUGAAGUUCUUUACGCUUCUCUCUUUCUUUCCGUCUCUCCUCUGUCUGUGUACGUACAUUUUGACUUUCCCUCUCAUCCCUUUACACUCUUUGCUCUGUACGCUUGGCUUUGCUGCAGUCUGUUUUCUUACCCUUCCUUUCCUUACUUUUUCCCCCUCACACACUGUCUCUCUCUCCUUUCUCACUCUCUCUGUCUCUCUCUGUGUGUAAUGUUGUAGUAAUGUUAAGCAGAGUGUCAGUGUGGUAGUAUACUCAGUGCUUAAAGGGUUGCCGAUGGUAGAAACCUGUGCAGUUUGUAACAUUUUAGCAAUAACGUGAAAACAAGGGGACUGUUUGUUUCAGUUUUUUGUACAUAUUGCAGUUCCAGUUCAUGCUCAAAUCCAUGUCAUUAAAAAAAAAAUUACUUGCAAUAUUGGCAUAAAAAAAAUCAAGAAAUAAAAAGUGACAGAAUUAUG